AAGCACCCAUCAAUCAAAAUAUUGUAAUUCUAGUCGGCGUGAGUGAUAAUGGAUCGCGUGCUCUGCUCACUCAGGUAGACGAUACAAACAAACCAGGAAGUGUUUACGGGAACGUUUUAUACGUUUUUUUUAAUACGGUUUUAACAUGUCAAAUGAAGUCCGAUAUUGCGAUAGGUGCUCGUACAUCUUUCUCAAGUUCUCGUUAAUCGUAUAUGCAACAAUUUUCUGGUUGAUAGGGGGCUUUAUUUUGGCCAUCGGCAUCUAUGCAGAGGUGGAGAGGCAACGGUACAAAACGCUGGAAGGAGUGUUCCUGGCUCCCGCCAUUAUCCUCAUUGUGCUCGGUGUGAUCAUGUUCAUCGUCUCCUUCAUCGGGGUUCUGGCGUCUCUCAGAGACAACUUGUGCCUUCUCAAAGUGUUUCUUUACAUGCUGGCUCUUUGUCUCAUUUUGGAGCUUGUCGGUGGGAUUGUUGCUCUGAUCUUUAGGACCCAGACAGUGGACCUGCUCAACAAAAACAUUCGUAAAGGCAUGGUGAAUUACUAUGAUGACCUUGAUUUCAAAAACAUCAUGGACUUUGUUCAGAGUACGUUCAAGUGUUGUGGGGGAAAGGAGUACUCGGACUGGCAGGUGAACAUGUAUCAUAAUUGCUCUGCUCCUGGUCCACUAGCGUGUGGAGUGCCAUACACCUGCUGUAUUGUCAAGCCUUCUGAAGUUGUUAAUACGAUGUGUGGAUACAAGACCCUGGGUAAAGAGAGGCUAGAAAAUAUAGAUGCCAUCUACAUCCGUGGUUGCACCGAUGCAGUUUUUAUUUGGUUCAUGGACAACUAUACAAUCAUGGCUGGACUUCUUCUGGGCAUCCUAUUACCUCAGUUUUUUGGAGUGAUCUUUACCUGGCUUUAUAUCACCCGUGUGGAAGAUGCCAUUGAGGAGUAUGGUCACUAUAUGGAUGGUCUGCUGGACGACGGACCCCAGGGGAAGAAACGCCAAAGCAAGCUGGCCAAAUGCUGCAGAUGCAUGCCUUUGAUCGACUGAGUGAAAACUCCUAAAAGAAAGCCUUAUAUUGGAUACUACGUAGAUAAAAGGAUUUCUGCAGGUAUUGUCACCUGCUGUGGAUGAAAAUAACUAUUUGUAGCUCUCUCUCUCUCUGCAAAACACAACUGUGCUGUUACUGUUGUAAUAUCAGCCACAGAUACUGAUGCAAGUCAUUUUUGUACUGUCAAUAUUGUUUUCACAGUUACACUCAGGAUUCAUUAUUUUAUCUGUCAGCUGAAAAUGGGUAGUUUAUGUGUCAAAAUGAACUGAUGCUUCCGUGUCAGAUUUUUUUUCUACUAAAUCACACAGAAGAUGCCUUGUAUUUACAUCAGGUCCACUGAGUCAGAAUACCUUUAACUUUCAUGCAGUUUAGCUUUGUUUAACAGGGAAACUGAUUAGACAAUUGGCACCCUGUCAGUCUCAGGUGAUAAAGUGCAAGGUUUCUUUUUUCCAGUGCAACAGUGUGCUUCCCUUAAGAGAACUUCUAUAAAUCUACAGCUGCAUUCGUCAUAAUAAAAAUGCUGCCUCUUUUGUGUGUCUUAAGAUGAAACGGUAUAAAUUCUGACCAUAAAAUUUCCACACUAAAAUGCUUUGUAAAUCCAAUCCCUUAGUGGCCACCAUAUUGUGUUUGGUGUUUUUUUUUUAUUUAUUUUUUUAUUAUUAUUAUGAAAUAUUACUUCACAUUGAGCGAUUCAUAAAGAUACUCAUUAUGAUCUGAUUAUUUUGUAAUCUACGAAUCUGGGAGUUUUCAUUACCAUCUUUUAUAUGUUGUGCUUCUCAUAAUAAUUUUUCUUUUUCAAGUUCAACAUAUUUCUAUCAGAGCAUCACGUGUACAUCUUUGGGUAUAUCUUCUUUCUUUUUUUUUAAACUGUGCCAAAGUAGCUUUUAUAUCCUCUAUUCUGUCUCUCUUUUUCGUAUAAACAUAAAAUCCAAGUAAACUGUAUAUUUUGACCUGUUUUUAUGAUAAAUACAUAAGAUGGUUGUUCCUUGUCAUUAAAUCACAGGGGAAUCAUCAGAUGACAUAUUUAAAGUUUCUACAGUUUUUAUGUAAAUUUAAACCAUAUAUUCCAUUUGUUUAAGUGUCAUUCAAUGAAAAAUAAUUGCAAACAAACAGGUUGAUGUGAGUAACAUUAAGCCUUAACAUUACUCUAGCCUUAACAUCUAUUCUUUCUUUUUUUUGUUCCUUGACCUGAUGUCUUUUGUGUGAUUUCUCUAUGUAUUGACUUGACUGUUAAAGCUCGAGUAUUGCCCUGAACAGUGAGUGUCCUGCUGAAUGAAUGAAUAAAUGAUGUUUACAGA